AUGUCGUCCCCCAAGCGCAAGAAUGGGGCGGCAAAGCUGCUGAAGGUAGACUUCUCCAAGGAGUUCGAGUCCCGAAACAUCCCGCUGGAGGAUAGCAGUACUGAAAGGGAUGCAAAGGAGCUGCGGAAAGUAGCUUCCUUCUUCGGCAUGGAUGGUCACGCAGUUCAUAGCCUCAUGGCUCAGGUGGAGGCCAGCGAUGCGAGUGCCAGCGAAGACUCCGAGGAAGAGGUCAUGCCAGUUCCCGUGGCAGCCGCCGGCACGAGCCUGGGCGAUGAUGACGACGACGAGGAGGCGCUGGCACAGCAGAGCAGAAACUAUGCCGCAGCCAUGCAGUGGCUGCACAGACCAGUGACGCCGAGGGAGCUCUUGAAGGCCAAGCAGCCUCGGCCCAUUAGCAUCAAUGACUUUCCUUCCAUUUUUCAGCGAUCUCAACGAGAUUCGCCUAGGUCUCUGCAGGAGAACCACUACUCCUACUUUAGCCGGCGCCUGCCCUCCGAGAACCCGGAGCAUCGCAAAGCGAUGGAGUGGCAGACGGAGACAACGCGCAAGUGCAUCAGGAAUAGAAAUCGGGGCCGCCGCUGA